AUGCUCAAUAUAACUCGUCAAACCUUGAGAGUUAUUCCACGACGUGCAUUUGCCUCAGGGGAUAAGCCACAGGACCCAGUACCACAAAGUCAACUUGAUAUCGAGAAGAAUGAAUCCCAAGGUCAGUCCUGGCUCUCCAGAAUUUUGACUGGGCCAGCCGGGAACCCGGAUUUCCAUAAACAAUCACAUUCGUCCAUGUUGGCUGCUUCUGAAGUUGUCUAUGAGAUUCAGAGUAAGUUUUUUUGUUUGUUUUUGAUUUUUAGGUAACAAAAGGAUCGAAUUUUUUUUUAAAUGCAGAAGCUAUUUCUCGUUAAUACUUGACUAAAACUUGCAUCCUUUAGCCCACGAUGCUACUACUGGUAACAAAGAAGGCUACCUCAAGGCUUAUGAUACCUACUCGAAGGAAGCUCAAAGCACAAACCCUGGACUGAAAUUGGUCGGUUCUUUCCAAGUCGUCUAUGGAAAUCAAGAUCAAUUUGUUCAUUUGUGGCGUUAUGCCAAGGGAUGGGCUGAUGUCGACCAGUAAGUAUUACACUAUCCUGAUAUUAUACUGGUUUAUAUAAUCACGAAAAUAGCUGAAAUUGGCUUUAGAUGAUGUUAAAACGAGACAGAAAUGCAAGAAGCUCUUAAGAAGUGUUUACAUGACUAUUCCUUUUAUUUCAGACAAGUAAGAUCCCUAACUCAAGGAUCAUUAAGGUCAGCCGAUACUGAUGUGGCCAAGUUGUGUACAAGAAGAAGAAAUGUCCUGACAAAGCCAUUCAGCUACUGGGGAGAGCCAAAGGAAAGAGAUCCAAGUCAUAUCUACGACAUGAGAACAUAUGUGUUAAAGGUAUGUCUCUAUUAGAGUAGAUUUUAGGGUUAAGAGUCAACUAAUGACCAUUUUGUCAUAGAUUGCUAACUGUCAAGCUAUGUUAUAGUAGGUUGUUAAAGAGAAAACAAUAUUAUAGUAAGUUUUUAUGAAGUAGAACAUAUUAGUAGUUAGAAAGCUAGUAGAUGUAUGUAUUCUGUAUCAAUGUUUAUCGUACUUUUGUAGCCAGGCACGAUGAUUGAAUGGGGUAACGCCUGGGCACGUGGUAUCACAUACCGGCGUGAACACAACCAGGACGUAGGUGGGUUUUUCUCCCAAGUCGGCCAACUUUACAUGGUAUUCCACUUCUGGGCCUACAAAGACAUGGUACACCGAAACCACACUCGUCACGACACCUGGUCCAAGCCGGGAUGGGACGUUAACGUACAGUACACCGUGCCAUUAAUCAAGAAAAUGAACUCCAAGAUCCUGGUACCAACUCCACUCUCCAAACUACAGUAA